AUGGUUAACAGGCUGAUGAGCAGCCUCCCCUUGUUGGACCUGCGGCAGCCGCUCUACAACAAAACGCCGUCACCACCGUUCACAGAGCUGACAGUGCCUACAGUCGUGCUCCCAGGUGUCGCUCUCUUCACCGAGUUUCCAGAUGGCGUCGAGAAUUCCACGUCUCAUCCGGACUCCAUCAGCGCAGUGGACGGCCUGCCGGAUGCAGCAGACCUGAUCGUGCGCGUCUGCCUUUACGCCGUUAUAUUCGUGUUCGCCGUAGUGGGGAACGUGUUGGUGCUCGUGACUCUGGUGCAGAACAAGCGCAUGCGCACAGUGACGAAUGUCUUCCUCGUCAACCUGGCCGUGAGCGACCUUCUCCUCGGUGUCUUCUGCAUGCCGUUCACCUUGAUCGGAAGUAUCCUAAGAAACUUCGUGUUCGGAGAGCUCAUGUGCAAGUUCAUCCCUUACCUGCAAGCGGUGUCUGUCUCGGUGUCGGUGUGGACGCUGGUGUCGAUCUCGCUGGAGCGCUUCUUCGCCAUCGUGCGGCCUCUGCAGUCCCGGCGCUGGCAGACCGUGUCGCACGCGUACCGCGUCAUCGCCGUAGUCUGGGCGCUCUCGCUCGUCCACGUGGCUCCCAUCGCCGUCCUGAGCCAGCUCAUACCCACGAGGACAGCAGGGCGUCAAAAGUGCCGCGAGCUGUGGCACAGCGACGAAGCAGAGAAGGGCUUCAACCUCUACUUGGACUCGGUGCUCCUGGUACUGCCUCUGCUCAUCAUGAUAGUUGUGUACGCCAUCAUCACGCGCACGCUGUGCGUCGGCAUACGCCUGGAGAAUCGAUCGGUCGCACUAGGCAUCCCGAUGAAGUCGACCGUGCGCGAGAACGACAACGGGAGUAGCGCCUGCAGCGACUCGGCGACGCCCACGGGACGGGAGGAAGCUUCCUUCGCGAUGACCACGGCGUCCACCAACAAAGGUUCGAAGUUCAGUCGCUCAGCCAAUGGCGUCCGCUGCCAGACUCUGCUGGUCCGCGGCUGCAACACCGAGAGAGCGCAGGCGUCCAUGGUGCGCGUCAUCCGCAUGCUGUUCGUGGUCGUGGUCGAGUUCUUCGUCUGCUGGACGCCCCUGUAUGUCGUGCACACGUGGUCCUUGUACGACCCGGACACUGUCUACGACUGGCUCGGUUCGGCGGGCGUCAGCGUCGUGCACCUGCUGGCCUACGCCUCGUCGUGCUCCAACCCCAUCACGUACUGCUUCAUGCACCAGAAGUUCCGCCAGGGUUUCCUGACCGCUGUCGGCUGUCGCCGAGGAAUACGCGGACGCUGCGGCGGCGCGGAGUCCUGCUUUUCUCGCCAGUCUUCGGUCCGCGGCGCCACCUACGCAUCCGGCACCACGCUCGUCUACCAGGACACAAAAAAUAAAGUCCCGAAUGGCCGUGGUGCGGACUUCGUUUGA